UUGGCAUGCAAUUUCUGAUACACGGCAAACUGUCGCGAAGCGGGUUGUCUAAUGUAUUGAAACAUUCGACAAAGCCGCAAAGCGUUUCGACUACGGUGUUAUUGCAAAUUGCUAGUUGUGUUGCUAGUAAUUUAGCUAGUAUACGUCUAUCGGUUGAUGUGGGCAUAAUUCUUUGAAAGCAGUGUUUCCAGGUGGAGUACAUUGGGAUGGCUGCAUCUUCCUCCUCUUCUUCUGCUGGGGGAGUCAGCGGAAGCUCUGUCACUGGAUCAGGAUUUAGUGCUUCAGAACUCAUACCCCCUCGCAAAGUCCUCUACACAUAUCCCAAAGGAGCCGGGGAAAUGAUGGAAGAUGGCUCUGAUAGAUUUUUGUGCGAGUCCGUGUUCAGCUACCAAGUUGCGUCUACACUCAAGCAGGUGAAACACGAUCAACAAGUGUCUCGCAUGGAGAAACUAGCAGGCUUGGUUGAGGAGCUUGAAGCAGACGAAUGGCGAUAUAAACCCAUCGAGCAGCUGUUGGGUUUUACACCUUCAUGAACAAAGACUUCUGACAUGGACUUCUCAAGAAGGGAAGAUUGAGUUUUAAGACUUAAGAGUUCAUACGUCAGCAAACACAGCCAGCGUCCCUUUGUGUUUAAAUGGCUGGCACUCCCUCUGAGUUCAUCAAAAAAACCAUGAAAUUUCAAAAUUAUUUUUUUUCCUAAUAUCACAUUAUGUCGUGUCAAACUGUAAAAACGUAUUUUAUUUGCAUCAGUUCAUGAAUUUAUGUCACAAAGAUAUUUUUUGACUCGCUAUAUCGGGAGCAAGUUGACCAGUGGAGAGAGCUGACUUGUAGAGACAUGUCUGUGUCCUCCUUUGUUUCCUCAGUAACCUCAAUUUAAUGACUAGUCGUGAAAGCACAUAGAAUCAGAUAGACACAGGUUCUAGCUCAAUCCAUAAUGUCUCUUGCUUCACACCUGAAACUCUUGUUUCUUUUGUUUAAAUACUAGAUCAAAUCUCAUUGUAUGUCAAUGAAUCGUCUGGUUUUCAUAAACUGUUUUAAUUCAUUUGGAUAAAUACCGUUUGAGAACCUUUUUUUCUUUUUGUAUUUUGUGUGAUUGUGGAAUUAACUGAAUUAUUCCUUUUUAACAAUACUGACAGUGUAAUUAUGAGAUUGUCAGGCACAUAAAUUGUGUAUUGUAUUUUUGCCAAGUUUUGAAUUACUUUUGUAUAACUUUAUCAGGAAUAAUCAAAGCCCUAUAAUCUUCCCGUGCCAGUGUUUAUGGGGAUCAGUUUGAUUCACAAAAGUCCCUCAAUACAUGUAUAAAUUAUUAUUUUUAAAAUGGAUGUGGAUGGCUCAAACCCACCCAUGUAUCUUCUUGGUAAGUCAGUAGUAUUUCUUUAAAUGGAUUUGGCCGCAUUCCAGGAAAAACAUUUUUUGUCAACAUUGUCAGUCCACACCAUCAGUUCAGGCUUGUGUCCUUUUCUUAAGUAAAUUAAAUGGUAUGGUAGAACUGGAUCCAUAAGUUAAAUAAAUGAUAUGAAGCAUU